AUGUACUAUUCGAGUUGUGUCUGGUAUAAUAGUGACCAUCGCGACUGGGGGUUGAGACCGUUAUCACUGCGCAAACCAUCAUUUGCCAGCAGCAGCAGCGGUAGCAUCAACGCUUGUCCACCCCCUCCACCCACACCGCACAGCGCCAGCGGCUAUUGCACCAGUAGCAACAACAACACAAAUUAUACAAACUCAACCAAUAGUCACAGUACAGGUACAAGCACCAGCACCACAAGUCACCUCACCAUCACUCAUCGGACAAACGACAACACAACUACAGCACACAGAGUAGGCAUAUCAACUACUCCGUCAGCAACUACUGGCAAUAUACCGAGCAAUCAAUUGCAGGUGAAAUAUUUUGAAUUUCCACCAAAUCUUGCUUUACUGGCAACUGGCUCUACCCCAUCGCUGGCGACAACAACAGCUGUAGCGUUAGCCGCAUCCACCACAAGCACCCCCGCACUCACAUCUGCCACUAAUUCACCCAAAAAUUUUUACCAGUCACAACAUCACUCACAUUAUUACCAACCCCAUUUGCACCAGCAUCAACACCACCAUCAAAACAAAGUUAUCUCGCAUCAACAAUCACAACAACAACAACAACAGCAACGUCAGCAUUACCAACACCUUUCGAAACAACCACACGGAGAAUUUGAGGGAAAUUUUAGCAGUGAAGCGGAAGAGCAACUAAGCCCACCAAAACCAGCAAACGAAGGGGUAGUAAAUAUCUUUUUAGCCACGCCACCAGCAAACAAAAUGGGACGACGCGAGAUUAAAAGGUCCAACACUAGCGGCUCCACUAUAAAAUCCUACGAUGGUGGCAGCGGUAAGUACGAAAAACAAAACAUUUAG